CAAAAAUCAAUUUUCAAAUUUUCAAAAUAAUAAAUAAAUAAAUACUUUUCUCUUUCCACUUGAAAACAUAUCUGAGAAAUGCCAAUAAACUGAUGACUGAACAGUCAACGUAUAUAUCGAACUUUGAGCUGGACGAUUAUUUAUCGGUAUGUUGAACAUGAAAAAUUGUAAAUGUUUAUGCUAGAAUUGGCUGUAAACAACAAAAUGAGCGAUCUGAAGACCUUGUUUUCCAAUUUUAACAUUGUGGGCCCUAUUAGUUUGGCCGUAGCCAUUCCAUGGAUUAUGUUUAAGAUGUUCAGUGCGGUUUGGAUCAAGAAAAACUAUAAUGAGCUUGCCGGAAAGGUUGUGGUGAUAACAGGAGCAAGCUCUGGCCUAGGAGAAGCCUUGGCUCACGAAUUCUAUAAACUCGGGGCACAAGUAGUACUUUGUGCUAGAAGAAGACAAGAACUGGAAAGGGUCAGGACAGAUUUGUUACACACAUAUUGUAAAGAUACUACACAUCCUCCAAUAAUUAUUCCAUUAGAUUUGAGUAAAUAUAAUGAUAUGCAGAAUCAUGUGGAUAAAAUACUCUCCAUAACAGGGAGGAUCGAUAUUCUAGUGAAUAAUGGAGGGAUAUCGCAUAGGGGAAGGGUGAAGGAUACCACAAUUGAUGUGGAUAAAAAUAUUAUGGAUGUUAAUUAUUUUGGAGCUGUUGCACUAACUAAAGCUGUUCUACCAGAUAUGUUAAAGAAAAAAUCUGGCCACAUAGUAUUCAUAAGCUCCAUUCAAGGUUUAGUGGCCUUACCAGAUAGAUCAGCUUAUAGUGCCUCGAAGCAUGCUUUGCAAGCGUUUGGAGAUAGUUUACGGGCUGAAGUGGCUUCGGAUAACAUUUCAGUUUCCACCAUUAGCCCUGGCUAUAUAAAAACUCAAUUAUCAAUGAAUGCUCUAACUGGAAGCGGACAAACUUAUGGUGAAAUGGAUGCUACGACUGCCUCAGGAUUUACACCAGAUUAUGCUGCCAAAGAAAUAGUACGAGCUGUGGUUGUGAAAAGAAAGGAGUUGGUCUUGAGCACUCUAUUGCCUAAAAUUGCGAUUUUUUUGAGGAAAUACUUUCCAUUUUUGUAUUUUGUUGUUAUGGAACGUAGGGCUAAAAGAGCUAGUUUGGCUGAGUUGGCUAAAAGCAAGCCCGAUGAAAAGACCAAUUAAAUGUUUUGACAAUAAUUAAGAAAUAUUAUUAUUAAUUUAUAUGGAAAUUGCAGUGUUGUGUUGUGGCUGUUGUAAUAUAAGACAAAUAGAAUUUUGAGUUUUCUUUAUAAAAUACUUAUCAAGUCAACCGAGAAGUCAACUAUUCUGGAACUAAGACUAGAGUGAUGUCGUUGGCGAUUGAUAAUGUCAAGGAUACUGUAACGGAGCGCUAAUACAUCAUUCGCGGCUGUGAGAGGGGUAAUAUCUAUUGUCCGUCGUUUUUAAUAAAAUAAAUAAAAAUCGGUUUAUUGAUGAGAACAAAGAAGAGAAAAACCCUGUACACAUCAAAUGGUGAUUAGACCGCAAAGCGUUUUUUAAUAACCACCAAUUCAAUAAUUUAAUAUCACUUAUUAACUAAAACAAGUAAAGAUAUAAUAAAAUAUCACAAUAAGUACAUAAAAUGUAUAAAAUAAAAUGUAUAAAAUAUGAAAUAUAAAACAUGAAAUAUAAAACGUAUAAAAUAUAAAACCUUGAAUAACAAUAAUUACACAACCUGAAAUGAUGAUACUGGCAGUGGCAAACCCCCAUUGGGAUACAAUUAUUUACAUUAAAGACAUAAAUGCUUAUCUCGUAUUUCACUUUUUACCCUAUUCCCAAAUCCUAUUAUAUUCAAUGAAAACAUCUGUGGAAAAAAGUUAUAUGUGUGUGCUACCAAGUAGGUGAAACAGGACUUGAAUAGUUCACAGCGAUGUUGUGGAAUAUUUAAUAAUAUUUGUCCAUUACGUGUGUUAAAUUGAUGUAUAUCACCUCGCUUAACCAUCAAUUCGAGGAGAUACAUAGGAAUAGAACUCCUUAUAAUUUUAUAAAUCAGGCAGCAGAGAUGCAAAAAUCUUCUCUCUCCCAUGUUGUUAUGAAAGGUGUCUGUGACAGAUUAGCUGACAUGAUCUCUGCGCGACAACUUGUGCACAAAUCUCACACAUGAAUUUUGUAUUUUUUGAAUACGGUAUUUAUUAAAGUUAGUUAAAAAAGGACCAUACACAACAUCAAGAUAUCCAGGAAUUGACAAAACAAGAGACUCUGUUAGAUUUUUUUUAGUUGCUACCGGUAACAAAUCUCUAAACUCAAAAAGGGUUUUGAGACGUAAAUAGCAUUUUUGUGAGAUUUUAUUUACAUGACUAUUGAAAGUAAAGUGUUUGUCAAUACACAAACCUAAACUUUGAACUUCAUCCCUAAACUCAAUUUUGGUAUUAUCAAGAUAGAUUUGAGGUUCAAUAUUAAUAUUUGCCUUUGUGAUAAGGAUUCCUUGAGUUUUUUUAGGGUUUAUCACAAGUGAGUUUUUUUUUGCCCAGUUUGAUAUUGCGUUUAGGUCGCUAGUUAUUGCAGCGCUGCAUUCUACCAUUCGAUCACUAGGUACUUCCAUAUAUAUCUGUAAAUCAUCAGCAUACAUAUGGUAUGAACAAAAUUUUAAGACUUUAGGUAAAUCUGAAGUGAAGAUAGCAAAAAGUAUGGGCCCCAAAAUUGACCCUUGAGGUACACCAGACACAACUGGCCUCCACUGCGAAAUAAUUAUUUCUCCAUCCUUAUUUAAUUUUACGGCUUGUUCUCUUCCUGUGAGAUAGUUUUUAAACCAAUCAUUACAAGUUAUUUUAAAAAUAUUUAACUUACUAACUUAGUCAGUAAUAGUUCAAGAUU